AAAACUAUUGAAAGAAAAGAAGGGAGCAAAAUGUGGUUCAUUAGUCUGGAUUGUUAGCUCUCCUACCCCAACCGCAAGCCAUUAAUUUUCCACUUACUAUCUUCCGAACCAAUUCCUACUCUGACAAAUAUCGCAUCUUUCAGUGUCAACCGAAGCCAACCCAUUUCGGAUCUCGCGCCCUUUCCCAUUUCUGCUUCUUUUAUACUUCGUUUGGUUUAUGGAUCUUGCAUAAAUUCGCUCGGCAAUAUAGGAGGUUUCAUCUUUUUGUGAAACUUGGUAAUUGGGUUUUUUCUGUUUCUCUCGCUUGCUUAGUUUUCGAAGAUGAAGGUGAACGUAGUCUCGCGAAGUGGUAAAGAAAUCGUCAAGGGUGGCAUUCAUCUCAGUGAUUCUGCUACAGUGGCUGAUCUGCAGGAGGCCAUCAAUCAGCGAACCAAAAAUUUUUAUCCUGAAAGACAAAGGCUCACGCUUCCGGUCCAACCAGGAUCGAAAGAGAGGCCUGUUGUCCUCAGCUCCAAGAAGAGUCUUAAAGAUUAUUGCGGUGGAAGCUCAGACAACUUGACUCUAGUAUUCAAGGACCUUGGACCGCAAGUUUCCUACCGUACACUCUUCUUCUGGGAAUACUUGGGUCCUCUGAUUAUCUAUCCUCUCUUUUACUACCUUCCGGUGUAUAAAUACUUCGGUUACAAAGGAGACCGUGUCAUCCACCCCGUCCAGACCUAUGCAAUGUACUACUGGUGUUUCCACUACUUCAAACGCAUUAUGGAAACAUUUUUCGUUCAUCGGUUCAGCCACGCAACCUCGCCACUCUCCAAUGUGUUCCGCAACUGUGCUUACUAUUGGACCUUUGGCGCUUUCAUAGCUUACUAUGUGAACCAUCCACUUUACACCCCUGUUAGUAGUGACCUGCAAAUGAAGAUUGGGUUUGGGUUUGGGAUAAUUUGUCAAAGCGCCAACUUCUACUGCCACAUCUUGCUCAGCAAUUUGCGCAGUCCUGGCGGAAGUGGAGGGUAUCAAAUUCCACGUGGGUUUUUGUUCAAUAUUGUGACUUGUGCAAAUUACACGACGGAGAUAUAUCAGUGGCUGGGAUUCAAUAUUGCUACGCAGACUGUUGCUGGUUAUGUCUUCCUUGUAGUUGCUGCUCUUAUAAUGUCCAACUGGGCUCUUGCAAAGCACCGUCGUCUGAGAAAGCUAUUCGACGGCAAAGAUGGAAGGCCCAAGUAUCCACGCAGAUGGCUUACAUGGUUUCAUCAAAAUGCUUUCUGUGGGCGCCUUAUACAGCUUAACAAAAGGCAAGUGUUUUUGUUGAUGUUAAGCUUUUAGUCUGUCCAAACCCUCACAAUGGUCAUCAAAGAAAUAGCAACGGUUCUUUUAUACUACUAUAGCCCGCAACGGUUCUUUUAUACUA